AUGGGGUACGGAACCCUCAAUGCAUUGCUUUUUGUGACAUACAAUCGUUGCAAAAAAGUAAUGAAUGAUGGCCUUUCAGUCGACAAAAGCCUGUCCACAACCUGGCUUGCAGGUGCACUUGGCGGCCUUGCAACCUGGGUCGUCAGUACUCCAACCGAAGUGAUCAAGUGCCGUGCCCAAGCAUCAGCUACGCCACUAUCAAGCUCAGGUAUCUUGCGACGUAUAUUAAAAAAAGAAGGACCGAGAGGCUUGUACCUAGGUGGAACAGUUACUGCAUUACGGGACAGCAUAGGCUACGGGUUCUAUUUUUGGGCAUACGAGUUGACAACCAGUCUGUGGCCAUCAAAUGUACAAGACGGAUCACCAUCAUUUCUUCGAGAGGCCCCGAAGGUCCUCCUGUGCGGUGGACUGGCAGGAGUUGCCACUUGGGCCAGUGUGUUCCCAUUGGAUAUGAUUAAAACACGGGUCCAGACACAGGGCAUGAUGGAGGCCAUUGCAAUGGACUCUUCCGCCCUCUUGCAGUCCAAUCAACAAGUUUUGCGCCACAGGCAUCACGCAGGAGCUUGGCAAAUAACCCAGGAGGCGUACAGAAAACAUGGCACAGCAAUCUUCUUCAGAGGUUUCACGGUUUGUUGUAUUCGGGCAUUCAUAGUCAAUGCCGUGCAAUGGGGUGCUUACGAGACACUCAUGCAGAAGUUCUCCCAAUUUCCAGAAUGA